AUGGGUCCCUGGGAAGAUGGGCUGUUGCGAAAUGGAGGCUGUUUUGGGCUGAUUGUUAACUCGGAUUUUGCGCAUAACGGCCGAGCCGAACCGACGACCCGUCGUCUCCCGUCGCCGUCCACCUCGCCAGCUUCGCCCAUCUCUCACGCAUCUGCCACCAGGUCGACUGCCUCAGUCAGUCCGCCUCGGUCGGCCCCUCCUUCCGUGGUUCGUGUGGCCGAGGGAUCGACGGUGGGGCCCGAGGCCGGAGGGGUUUGUGUUGCGAGUGUCGCCGCCGCCGCUUCCCGACCAGCCGCCAGGACUGGCAGUCUGCCCAUCCCCUCGUCCGCCACUCGCAGUCGUCUGCCCUGCUCCAGCACCUCGACGACUCGCCCCUCAAGGGCGGAUGCCUGCCUCCCGGCCGGCAACAAUCAUUCCAGCUCGUCUUCUACUCACUCGUCCCAUUCGUCUUCCAAUUCGUCCCAUUCCACCCUUUCCACGAACACUCGGCCAGCCCGUGCCGGUGACCCGCCUCGACGACCUCUUCAAGCCUGUCAACCGGCAUCCUGUACCACGAAGCAGUCGAUUCCGGUCGCCAGACUGCAGGCUCCCUCGGUCUCCACCCCCCCGAUCGACUCGUCGGCUGCCAACCCGACUCAGUCAGCAGGCACAGGGACGACCGGAGUCAAUGGCCUCGUAGGCCCGCCUGUCAACUGGCCGGGUGUUAAGGCUCAGGCAUCAGGCUCCAAUAAUCUCUCGGCCAGACCGUUCGGCAUGGCAUCUGUCGCGAAGUCCGAGCUCACUCUCGACGGAGUGGCCAACUCUUCUUUCUCUCCUCCGGCAACCGGGACCAGCCGACUGCCUGGCAUCCCGCGCAGACAGGCCGGUCUCUUGCUGCAACGGCGGCAACUCCAACCGUCCACACGUACACCUGCAGCCCAAGUCAACGGCAUACAAGCCAAUGGUUACAGAAACGGCCUGGUCACUGAGUUAACUUCGGCCAAGGCAGCAAAAGCGGCGUCCAGCUGUCUGACUCAUGCUAGGCCCUCGCAGGACAUGGUACCUUCGUCUGUCAAGCCCGGCCCUAAUGACGGUGCAUUCGGCGCAGAACCUGUCUCCAAGGGGAACAGCACCAAAUCAGUUGUAGUUGGCUCCCUUGUCCGACUAAAUUCCGACACCAAGGCCACGGUUAGACGUUCCCUUGAAGGGAACGUGCCCAAAUCGAUAAGAGGAGGUCGGAAGACGUCUUCCAGUAAGCAGCGUCACUUCUUCUUCUGUUAA